UAAUUAUUUAGUAAAAAAAUAUCUCCAAAUAAGUGUAAUCUUAAAAAUUUAGGACAAAAAUUAGUAUUUUUUUGCAAAUAUAUUUUUAUACUUCAUCUUCUUAAUAGAGUUCCAAAUGUUUAUUGAUUUUUUAAUGCACAUGAUUUUUGCUAAAGUAACACUUGUUUUGAGAGGAGGGGAGUAUAACGUAUGACAAAAUGAGCGUCUUUAGAGCUGGAUCUGAGGGAAAGUAGCAGAAAUAAAGUAGAGUUGUGGUUGGUUAAAAAGAAGCCCUUUUUAUUUAUGUCCCAACUCAGCUUCCCGAGGAGUAUAUAAAGCAGCAGGGAGAGAGUGAAAAAUGAGUAACAAUAGGAUAGGAGCCAUGGAAAAGAAAACAGCAAGUUUUAGAGAUGAGGAUAGUGAGAAAGAGCCUGAAAUUAACUACAGAGGAGUGAAAGCCAUGCCAUUUAUCAUAGGAAAUGAAACCUUUGAGAAACUUGGAGCAAUUGGCACACUUUCCAACUUGUUGAUUUACCUCACAUCAGUUUUCAACCUGAAGCACAUCUCAGCUGUUACUCUGAUUAAUGUGUUCAAUGGAACCACUAAUUUUGCCACUUUGCUUGGAGCUUUCUUAUCUGAUACUUACUUUGGUCGCUACAAAACAUUGGGAUUUUCAUCCAUUACUUCAUUUCUGGGGUUGUUUGUGAUAGCAUUAACAGCAGUAUUCAAGAAUCUACAUCCUCCUCACUGUGAAUCCAAAGAUAUCAGCCAAUGCAUAGGACCGACAGGAUGGCAGAUGGCUUUCUUGUUGAGUGGAUUUGGGCUACUGAUUGUAGGAGCAGCUGGGAUUAGGCCAUGCAAUUUAGCCUUUGGGGCAGACCAAUUUAAUCCCAAUACAGAGUCUGGCAAAAGGGGUAUAAAUAGUUUCUUCAACUGGUACUUUUUCACCUUAACAUUUGCACAAAUGGUGUCAGUGACACUCGUGGUUUACGUGCAAUCGGACGUUAGUUGGUCCAUAGGAUUAGCCAUUCCUGCAAUCUUCAUGUUGAUUUCAUGUUUCCUCUUCUUUGGUGGCACUAAAAUUUAUGUGAAAGUGAAACCAGAGGGAAGUCCCUUGACAAGUAUAGCACAGGUCCUGGUUGUUUCUAUCAAGAAAAGAAGGCUAAAAUUGCCAGAGCAACCUUGGAAAUCACUAUUCAAUUAUACUCCUCUCAAGUCCAUCAAUUCUAAACUUCCUUACACUCAUCAAUUCAGGUUUCUUGACAAGGCUGCAAUAGUAACACCAGAAGACCAAAUCAAGCCAGAUGGAUCAGCAGCCAAUCCAUGGAACCUAUGCAGUGUGCAGCAAGUGCAAGAAGCUAAAUGUGUUAUUAGAGUAAUUCCUAUAUGGGCUGCAGCAAUUGUAUACCAUGUUGCAAUAAUUGAACAGCAACAAUUUGUUGUCUACCAAGCCCUUCAAUCAAACAGACAUUUUGGCACCAGCAACUUCCAAAUUCCAGCAGCAACUUACACUAUAUUCUCCAUGUUAAGUCUCACUCUCUGGAUACCCAUAUAUGACCGUAUAGUCGUGCCAUUACUCCGAAGAAUCACUGGAAAAGAAGGUGGCAUAACAAUCCUUCAAAGAAUGGGAUUUGGCAUAUUCCUCACUGUUCUAUCAUCCCUCGUAUCUGCUUUCAUCGAGAAACGAAGGAGAAAACUAGUUUUCACAAAUCCAGCAUUAGAUCUACAUUCAGAAAGAGGAUUGGUUUCUUCCAUGUCAGCUUUAUGGUUGGUUCCUCAGCUAUCCUUAGCUGGACUCGCAGAGGCAUUUUGCGCCAUUGGACAAGUGGAGUUCUACUAUAAGCAGUUCCCAGAAAACAUGAGAAGCAUAGCAGGGUCUUUCCUCUUCUUGGGAAUGGCUGCUUCAAGUUACUUGAAUAGUUUAUUGAUCUAUAUUGUGCACAACACAACAGGAAAGGCGAAAACAGGCAACUGGCUACCAGAGGACCUUAACAAGGGGAAAUUGGAUUACUUUUAUUUCUUGAUUACAGCAUUGGGAAUCCUUAAUGUUGUCUAUUUCAUAAUAUGUGCUAGGUGGUACAAGUACAAGGGAAGUGGUGACACCAGCAGCGUAGAAUUGGAAAUGGAAAGUAAAAACGUCGAGAAACACUUCGUUUGACAUUAAUUUGAGGAUUAAACCAAAUGAGCAGCAUCUUAUACCAAUUGUUAGCAGCCAUAAGUUAAAACGAAAUAGCCUGAAAGCCGCGCUUACAUUAAUCUCCCUCCUACUUAAAUUUAAAUUGGGAAGAUGAAGUGUAUCGACUAUCAAAGUCAUAUUAGUAUUAGUAGCAGCAGCUUUUAGCUACACCUCUUUAGGAAUUCUCCAAUUCUAUAGAUUAUUUAUGAAAUAAUUUCUCAAUGAACGACUCACAUACAGCAGCAGUUGGGUGGUUCGUUUUAUUUAUUCCUUCUCAAGUUCGCUUUAUAAAUUACAAAAGCUUUCACUUUUUUAGUGACUUUCGUAGAUAAAAGUCAUUAGUUAAAGUGAUCAAGUUUCAUUUCCGUAUGAUAGUCACCCCUUCCUUUCUCUGUAAAGCGGAGAAUGCAUAGUACUUUGGAAUUUAAUACUGUACAAUUUAUUAGUACUAUAUAUUUUUCAAUCACGAAAGUUAUUACUUGCA